AUUUUCCUUCUUUUAAUCAUUUUGAAUUUAUGAAAAGUAAAGGAGUGUAACCUUUGGGAAUACUUGAAGUAAUUUUCGUCAUCUUAGAAAUCUUACAGUUUUACAGUUCAUCUACUUUUAGUUUAAUUCCAAUCUCUGCCAUUCACCGUUUUUAGUUUAGUUAUAAAGUAGUUAUACCCGUGCAACUCGGACAAGAUUGUUAUUUUUUUUGGAUUUUAAUGCAGCAAGAUCAAUUUGUUGUAAUUGUAUAUGACAAAUUAGUUUCCUGAAACAAAUUCUUGAUUUGCUGUGGUUUUCUAAGUAUCCAGGAACUAAACUUUAAUCUAAAAAGUGAACGACUUCAACAGAAUCUAAGGCUCUCAGUGCGUUAACGAUUCCUCUCAGAUGCCAGAAACAGUUUCCUCUCAGGGAUUUUACUUCCUUUCUGGAAAUGAUUUUAGUCUACAACCAUUUUGGAGCUUUCUACUUCAGACAGAGUUUCCAUCUGCAGAUUGAACAGACAUCUGUCUGGUUCCAGAGCAGUUCUUCUCAUCGCAGAUCCUGCCAUGGGUUGUGGGCUACGAAAGCUGGAAGAACCUGAUGAUAGCAGUCCUGGCAAAAUAUUUUCUACUCUGAAGAGACCACAAGUGGAAACAAAGACUGAGAUUUCAUAUGAAUAUCUUUUACUGGAUUUUACUUUAGACAUCAGUUCAUCAAAUCCAGAUGUUAUCCGGAUCUCCUCUCUCUUGGAUCUUAAUUCUAAGCUGGAAGGAUACUAUAGGAAGGGAUAUGUUGUUGCCACCGUCCACCCUACAAUUGUUUCUGUGGGACGAAGGAAACGUUCUCCACUAAGUUACAUCUAUAGAGUUAUAUUAGCUAAAAUAAAAUCAGGUGUAAAGAAGUCACAAGGAGAACAAAAGCACAGCAAGUUAGUUGUUGAAGAAUGGCCUGUCAGCAAUCAAAAGCUUUCCAGUGAUGUUUUGAAAGGGCUUUUGGACAAGGUUAAUGACUCAGCUAAGAAAGGAAUGAAGUUCAUUGGAUUUUUAAACGAGCUCCAUUCUAAAUCUAAACCUUGCAAUGGCUCAAAUUUAUUAAUAGAGUCAGAUGUGGAUUUGGCUCAGGAUGCCAGCUUUCAUCUGCAUUUGCCAGAUAAAAGUAAGCAUGAUCCUGACAAUGACUCUCUAAAAUGCAAUGAAGUAACUUUGAACAUGAAGCCCAUGGAAUUUGCAGAAGGAGAAGAUUCUUCAGAUAAAAUCACCAAAGUUUUAGAGAAUGGUCCAUCUCCAGAAGAUCUUUUACAUGGAAGAGGAAAAGCAAUUGGAAAGGAAAGCUCUACUACCUCUCAACCAAAUGAAGAUUUGAAACUGUUUGCUCUUUUCAAUGUUUCUAAUGAAGACUUCAGAACACGGUCCUACCAUGAAGGCAAUCUUUCCCUCAGAGUAACACGGAAAGGCCAAACUAUUUGUACCCUGGAAGCAGAUUGGCUGGAAAUUACAACAACUUACUAUAAAAGAGGAAUGUCCUUGGUUGACUCAUUCGUAGACUGGGAAAUAAUGAAGGGAGAGUAUUUAUCCAAGUCUGUGGACGGAAUGUUUAUAUAUGAAGAACAUCAUUUCGAUACAGUUAAGUCAAACAAGAUGCCAAAUGAUGCAAUAGUUGUUGAACAGUGGACUGUCAUUGAGGGUUGUGAAGUAAAGACUGAUUAUGGUCCAUUGCUGCAUACACUUGCAGAAUUUGGAUGGUUGGUUACAUGUGUGCUUGCCACACCUAUUAUUCGCCAUGACAGUGAAGGAAAUUUAGCAACGAAACAAGUGAUAUUCUUACAGAGAUCUGCCAUGCCCAGCCAUGACCUGUGUCUGGAAACAGCAGAGAAAAGAUCUACUCAGCAACCAAAAGCUAAUGAGAAAAGCAGAAGCUGGAACCGAAAUGUGGGUGUGAACACUGGUAAAAAUAAGCCUUCGGAAUCUGCUGAACAUUCCUGUACUGCUGCUGAGAAAACCCUCUGGCUCAAAGAGCCAUCCAGUCAAUUUGAUGGCUUUUCAGGAAUGCCUAGCAGCAUGAGUGUUCUGAGAGACUUGGAUGAUGGGCAGCUAGAUCAAGAAGAAGAAACACCUCAAGUUACCUGCAUCUAACACUGCACUAUUCUGUUCUUAUUUCAAAAAGUAACAAUUUAAAGAUAACCAGACUUCCUUGAUUUUACAUUGCUGAGAGCGAAUAGCUUUAGCUGAAAAUGAGGAAUUUUACUUUUCAACAGAAAAUAUAUCUUUUUAAUACUUACUGUUUUUACUCUUAUGUAAGCUUACAAAAAUGAUGUCAAUGAAUAGUUUAGUCUGUCAGGUUCUAAGUUGAUAGAACCAGUUUCUUUAACAAAUCAGUCAUGAUUUAUCUGUAGGAAAAACUUCAACUCUGUUGUAAAACUACUUUCUACUUACUUAGUAAAAGCAUCCGCAGGAAAAGGUAUAUUUAGAUAUCCAUAAGUAUUUAUAUUUUACUUUUCUAUUUUCAAGUGAUUUUUUGCUAUUUCUUCAAUUUAUAUUGUGUGUGCUGAUAUUUUUAAUUAUAAGUAAUCUCUUUUCAUUUAAUUUCUGUUUGUACAGUUCUUUGAUUUUUUUAUACUUCUAUCAUUUAAGAACAUGUUCACACAAAAUGAUAUUCUCAAUGCAUGAUCUAUUUGAAUCUGGAGCACUGUUCAUCAAAUGGUAGUUACCCUGCCAAGUAAUGUAUAUGUAAUAAUGAAUUGUUAAAAAAAUACUGUUAGUCUGUCCCUUUAAUAUCAGCUGGACCUACUGAUGGAAUUAUUAACUUCCAAUGCACUGAGAGGUAUUCUAUAAUCCAGUCUGGCACUGGUGUCAGUACAAAAUUCCCUCAGUUAACUUAUUAAUUUCUUCGGUUCAUUAGGAAAAUAACAAAUAUUAUGGUUGUCCUUUAUAAAGAGCCUUUGCAUCAAUUUUGAUUCAAAUUGAAAUACUCAGAUAAAUCAUGUCCUGAAUCUACAUCACAGUGUACUUUCUUAUUCCUUGCCCUACACAAUUGCUGAUUAUAUGUUAUAACAUUGAAGAACGCUUACAAAUGAGAGUAAUAGUCAUCCAUCCUUUAGAGCAGGGGUUCCCAACCUUUUUAAUACCAUGGACCUCUACCAUUAACCGAGGAGUCCAUGGACAUCAGGUUGGGAACCCCAGCUUUAGAACCAUAAUUCCAAAGUCAUCAUGGACAUGUUAUACUUGCAUUGUUAAUAGGAUGCAAAAUUGAAAUACACCCAUACAGAUGUCCAGCAAUGAGGUAAGUCUGUCAGUAACUUAAAAUGAAAAGUCAUUGAUAGGAAGAAAAAUUGGGAAUGCUGUUGCAUUUGGACGACUACAAGAUGCACCUUAAGUAUGUGUGGCAAUUUUCUGUUAGACCUAAUUGACAAAGAUAAAUAAAAAUAAUGGAGCUGUUUAUCAAAAUUUCUAGUUUGAAAUUAUCCUUACAAUCACUACAAAACAACCUUAUUUUAAGUGGAAUGAGGCAAAUGUCUGCAUUUUUGUGUAAUAUUAUUAAUUAAAUCUGCUGAAUUCAUUAAAUUGUUAACUGUAAGUUACUGUUUAGAAGCGAGGUUUAAUGGGUUUCAUGAAACUGAUGCUUAUCACUGUUAGUGUGAUAGAAUGGAAUGGCAGAGAGUAAAUGAAGCUGAAGUUGUGUUGUUUUUGUGUUGUUUGACGUUAUAGAGGGAAACAAUUUACUAAUAUCAAACCAUGUAAUACACAUUACGGGUAUUUGUACGUGUGAUAAAGCUGGAUUUUGGAUGAUUUGAUGUAAGUGCUGCAAUUAAAUCACGGUCUGCCAUUAUUUUUGAUACAUACUGUAAAAUAAAUUAAAAAACACAAACUAGUCUAGAAAAUGGUUGAGUUUUGGUAUCAUCAUAGCAGGGUGACAAUCUCACCAAAUGAUUGACAGAAGAUUUCAACAAAAUGUUCUUUAGUGGCAAAGCAAAUUAUAAUGCUGUUAUGGCUAUAGUUAUUAGAAUAAUGUGUUAAUGAUCUUCUGUUUGCUUAAUUAUAAAAUGCUGCAUAACAUGGUUGGUAUUAACUUGAAAGACCAUUAGUUACCCUCCUUUGAUGUUUUUAUGACAAAACUUGUUUUUCCAUGUUAUAUUUGUUUUACCACAGUGUUAUUUUCAUGUUUUUACACAAUAUUUUCUAUUUACUUAUUUAAAGCUGAAAAAGUUGUAUGCAGAGUUCAAAUAAACUGUUGACACAUUU